AGCUGAUGAAUUCCGAAGUAUGUUUUCCAAAUAUGGUCCUGUGAGUGAUGUGUACAUCCCUAUGGACUACUACACAAGGAGGCAGCGUGGGUUUGCAUACGUACAAUUUGAUGACCCUCGAGAUGCAGAGGAUGCUAUGUACAACCUGGACAGAACACGCUUCUACGGAAGGGAACUUGAGAUCGAGUUUGCCAGGGGUGAUAGAAAAAGUCCAGGUCAAAUGAGGACCAAAGAGAGGGGAUCGCCUGUGAGGGAUAGAUACAGACGCGGUUAUAGAAGAUCUCGCAGCAGAAGCCCAAGGUACAGGUCGUAUUCCAGAAGUCCGGUGCGAUCAUCCAGGCGCCGUUCAAGAUCCAGGUCUCAUAGCAGGUCAAGGUCACGCAGCAGGUCACAUGACCGUGAUAGACGCUCAAAGAGAUCCUACAGCAAAUCUGCGUCUCGCAGUCCGAGCCGGGAACGUAAGAGUGAGGACCGCCACAGAUCCAAAGAGAGGGAAAGGUCAUCUAGACGCUCUCGCACACGGAGUCGCUCAUAAAAUUAAGUUACGUACUUGAAAGAUAAAACAGUGAUGAGACAGUGAUGUAGAUAUUGGAUCUGAACAAGAUUUAAGUGGAAAGUACCACAGCUUUUAACAAGAAUAGAAUCUGGCACUUCAGAUUCAAUAUUUUAUUUUAGAACGAUUUUAAUUUCUGAAUGGAAGAAACCGGACUCGAGUAUGACAAACUUAAAGGGAUUUGUUCUGGAGAAUUCAAUAGGAUGGACUUGUACAGUGUGAAAAUGGUAAUUGAUCAAGAAAAUCCAAACAUGAGGUGUAAAAUAGAAAUAAAAAUAAGUAAUUUGGAUUUUGUGUAUACAGUCUAACACAUAGUGCAACUCAAGGUACCGUCCAUUCAUUUCAAUGGAAUAUGGGUCGUUUUUCCUGUGACUAUAUGUGCUAGACUGUAUAAGGAGUUUCAUGUUGCUAUACUUAGUAUUUUAGACAGGCUUGAAUAUGAUAUUACAAUGGCAGUAGAUCAAAUUAUUCCAUAUUUUUAUAUUUCAUUUGUGUGUAAAUCAUCAUUCAAAUUGUCAUUUUGAUUUCUUUGAACCUAAUAUAUGGGUGAAUAUGACAUCACACAAUUGUUGCUUUAGACUUUCUCACUUGAAGUCUAUGUAACAAUAUUCAUUCAGUAUUUUAGAAUGACUUCUGAGUCUUGCAUUAAACCUCUGAUUUGCCUCACCCUACCUCAUCCUCUUACAACAGACCUGAUAGGGAGGGGGGAGGGGGGGGUAGAGGUUUGAUGCAUAAUUCAGAAAGUUACCAUUGUAAUGUUUAUAGUGUUAUAGUUGUUGGCAAUUAUCUAUUACUGUAUUAGUUCAUGCAUUCAUUCUGUGUAUAAAGUUCAUGAUGUUGUAAAUAAAUAUAUAUGAAAACUUUGAUCAAAUGUAUUGCUUUUAUUAGAGAUGGUAGUCCUAUUAUGGGCUGGAUGUAUGUAGAAGAGUGAGUCUUACUCCAGUUAGGUGGUUUACCUGGAGACCUUAAAAUUACUUAAGAAAUAAAGAUAUCAGAAAUAUAAAAGCAUGAGUACUAACCCAUACACAUAAUGCACGAAGUACAUUAUCAGAAU